AAUAACGACCUUAACUAGACCUCUCUCAAACCAACAACCCUCGAAAUGGAUAACAAUGAAGGAGAAGAAGAGUCCGAUUCCGGACCCGGACCCGACUGGGCCGAGUUGACCCAGGAGUGCCUGACCAACGUCCUCUCGCGGCUCACCCUGGAGCACCGGUGGCGCGGAGCCAUGCUGGUGUGCAAGCCGUGGCUCCAAGCCUGCAUGGACGCUUCUCUUCACUCGGCGUUCGACAUCGAGCCCCACUUUGGCUCGGCGUUCGAAUCGUCUCGCUGGUGGACCCCCGAGUUCGAGAGGAAGAUAGACUCCAUGCUCCAAUCCAUCGUCGUUUGGAGCGAUGGGUUUCUCUCUGAGAUUCGCACCCGUCACUGCUCUGAUCGCUCUCUUUUAUUCGCCGCUGAAAGGUGCCCAAAUCUUCAGGUCCUUUCAAUCAAGAAUUGCCCGAAUGUUACUGAUAGAUCAAUGGCUAAGAUAGCUUCUCGAUGCACCAAUCUUAGGGAACUGGAUGUCAGCUACUGCUAUGAGAUAUCUCAUGAGUCCUUGGUAUUGAUUGGAAAGAAUUGCCCGAACCUUAGAGUUCUGAAGCGAAACCUUAUGAAUUGGCUUGAUCCUUCCGAACAUGUAGGAGUUGUUCCUAAUGAGUAUCUAAAUGCUUGUCCUCAAGAUGGGGACUCAGAAGCUGCUUCUAUUGGGAGCUCCAUGCCUUAUUUGGAGCAACUUGAAAUUCAGUUCUCCAAGUUGUCUGUUAGGGGCCUUACUUUGAUAUGUGAAGGGUGUCCGAACCUCAAGUACUUAGAUUUGUCUGGUUGUAUGACCUUGACUAGUAGGGAUAUUGCUAAUGCAUCAUUGGGUCUGAAGGAUUUGGAGAUCAAAAAGCCAAAUUUCUAUAUUCCAAGUACGGUCUUUCACAUGGAGAGGUAUGGCCAUUGGAGUUUGUAUGAUGAGAGGUUUCAAACAGAUGUCUUCCGAAUUUGAUCAGGCAAGUGGAUAACAAUAUCAUUGCAAUUUGGUCAUUUUUGGGAAAGCAUAUUGUGUUUGCUGGUCUAUGUAGCUCUUAACUAACAAGGGUUCUGUAGCCAGGUUACAGUAUAUGUAUAUUUAUUCCAUGUCCAACGCCACAUGUACUUUGGUUUCUGUAAUGUUUGUUCUGUUCUGUUCUGUUUGAUUUAUAAUACAUUUGGGUAUCAAGAACGAUACUUUCUUUUA